AAUUGGAUCAUAUGAGUUAUCCCUAAUAUUAAUGCUCUUGUGUCAUUAGAAAUAAUUAAAAUCGAAUCCAUUAAAUCUUAAAUAUAAUUUUUUUUUGUUUAUUUUUAGGUUCUGUGUUUCUCCUUUAUUUUAUAAUAAAAUUUCCAAUAAUGUACAACAAUCCAAUAUUAGUUAAACAAAUUGUUAAUGAUAAUGCGAUGAAAGAAGUUUAUAACGAUACAAGGGAAUUAACGAAAUUACAAACAAAUUAUAAUGAAAGCUAUCAAGAACUGAUCCAUAAAACGGACAAAUAUGAUUUUCAAAAUGUUUUGUACUAUUUACCUGGUCUCGAAGAAAUUUACAAUAGAUCAUCAAUUAAUUUAUAUAAAGAAAUUACAAUUUUUAUUACUGAUAUAUUGCCUAUAAUUUUAAUUUUAAUAAUUAAUAUUAUGUUUAUUGUAUUAUUUAAAAAACAAUAUUAUAAACGUUUAGAUCUUACACAAUCUAAAAUAAUUAAUCAAAAUCAAAAUAUUUAUUAUCGAAAAGAUUUAUUUGAAAUUAUUCUUAGAUAUCAUAAAAAUCAAUUGGAUGAAAGUACUUUACCAAAUACAAAAAAUUCUAAUUCAUUUAGACGUAGAUCAAAAUUAGAAUCUCUAUUGCAAACUGAACUUACUGAAAAAUAA